AUGUCGACCACUGUUGAGAAGAUGGCUCGGACUCAAAAGAACAAGGCCACGGCUUUCCACUUGGGACAGUUGAAGGCUAAGCUCGCGAAGCUGAAGCGCGAGCUGUUGACUCCGUCCGGUGGUGGCGGCGGAGGCGGUGGUGCUGGUUUCGAUGUUGCUCGUACCGGUGCUGCUAGCGUUGGCUUUAUCGGUUUCCCCUCUGUCGGAAAGAGUACGCUCAUGAGCAAACUGACCGGUCAACACUCGGAAGCUGCCGCUUAUGAAUUCACGACUUUGACGACUGUGCCGGGACAGGUGAUGUACAACGGCGCAAAGAUUCAGAUUCUCGAUCUUCCCGGUAUUAUCCAGGGUGCCAAGGAUGGCAAGGGUCGUGGUCGGCAGGUCAUUGCGGUGGCGAAGACCUGCCAUCUCAUCUUCAUUGUGCUUGACGUGAACAAGCCCCUCGUGGACAAGAAGGUCAUUGAGAACGAAUUGGAAGGAUUCGGUAUCCGCAUCAACAAGCAACCUCCGAACAUCGUCUUCAAGAAGAAGGAUAAGGGUGGAAUCGCGAUCACGAGCACCGUUCCCUUGACGCAUAUCGAUCACGACGAAAUCAAGGCUGUCAUGAGCGAAUAUAGGAUCUCGUCCGCGGAUAUCUCCAUUCGGUGCGAUGCUACGAUCGAUGACAUUAUCGACGUCCUCGAAGCCAAGAGUCGUGCCUACAUCCCCGUGGUCUAUGCUCUCAACAAGAUCGAUUCCAUCACAAUUGAGGAGCUUGAUCUGCUGUACCGGAUACCUAACGCUUGCCCCAUCAGCUCCGAACAUGGCUGGAACAUCGACGAAUUACUAGAGAUGAUGUGGGAGAAGCUGAAUCUUAAACGUGUCUACACGAAGCCCAAGGGCAAAGCUCCGGAUUAUACGGCCCCUGUUGUGCUGAGGGCCCACCAGUGCACAGUUGAAGACUUUUGUAAUGCCAUUCACAGAACGAUCCGAGAUCAGUUCAAGCAUGCCAUUGUUUACGGCCGCUCUGUUAAGCACCAGCCGCAGCGGGUUGGUCUCUCGCACGAGCUGGCUGAUGAAGAUAUCGUGACGAUUGUCAAGCGGUAG